GCUUGAGGUGAGGAGUGUAGUGUAGUGGGCCGAGCGGUCGUGAAUUCACGUUUUGUGGGCAUUUUUUUUUCGUGUAGAAUUGUCGUGCAAAAAGAAACUAGUAAACCAAUAGUGUGUGUGUGUGUAUUUCUGUGUUUGACAGUCUUUAAACUUUUACUAGCCCACCCACCAAGGGCACACACAAAGAAAGCCACCCGCCCUCUCCCCAACCCACGUAGAUGGGAGAGGUCCGUGUCCCCCCUGUGUUUGCAUUGUUCACUGGCUCUUCCCUCUUCCCUUGUAAAUUGGGGUCAAAAGCGGUUCAUAUACAUGAUCGAUAAAAUCGAUGGCUGCGCGAGUGUGUGACAUUUCGUAACCAAGUUGGCGUUGUGUGUGCCCUCCCCCCUUCGGUCCGCCCCUUAUGUAGAGGGUCACAACCCCCUCUGCCCCCCCUCCCCUCCACUUCGUGCAUGAUGUUGAUACUUGGAUGGCUCUAUCGGAAGGAGAGGACACCCCGUAUCGCACGCGUGUACGAGAUAAAGGCGUUAUGGGAGGGUGCCCGGGUGGGAGCGGGAGCGGGCGCACAACCCCUAGAGCCCGUGCUGUUCGUUAAAGGGCAGCGCGAGGCCCUAUUCUUCGCGUAUGGGUUCCCGUCUAUGAUUCAAUCGUCAACCCCCCGAGAGGGCGAGCGAGCGAGCGAGCGAGCGAGCGAGUGCGGCAGUGACACAGCAGCGAGAAAGAGAUCGGCAGACCGGAUUAAAAGAUUCACCACCCCUUGUGCGCGAAUAUGUACACCCCAAACUCGUCUGCCUGAUUCUGUGUGUGUGCGUGAUUGUAUGUGUUUGUGGGUGCGUCCUUAGUGUGCAUAAAGAAGAGGAUUAGAAUGAGGGUUUCGUCAUACGAAAGGGAUCUUUGAACCUUUGACCUCAGCAGGGUAUAUCUCCCGCGCGCCUGUGUGUGUGGGAGCAUCCGUGUGUUGGUGUGCUGCUGCUGUGUGUUUAUCACACUGGGCAAGAAUGGGGUUGCAUGGUUUUUGUGUGUGCAAAAUACAGCCUGAGUCCGUCGUGCGCAUCACAGCGCGAGGGUGCUGCCUUUGUGACUCCUGUUUAAUUGUGUGUGUGUGUGUAUGUGUCCCCGUAGGUUUAGAUCUCGCAGUGCCCUCUCCCAUUACAACAAGGGGUUACAAAGAAAGAAAAAAAGCGCCCUCGUCCGUUUACUAUUUACAUUCAAGUAUUGAUUUUGCUCCCGGUGGUGGUCCGCGCGAAGGCCCUCUCGGUUGCGCUGCCUUCGCAUGCUCUUCACGGUGCCUAAGCGGCGGGUGCUAAUUGGGAAGACGUCGGUGAGCGUGCGCGCGAGCGCGCCCGCCCGACGGUGUUGUGGUGGUGGUCCCAACAGGCAGUGUGCGUCUUAGUAAAACCAUUUUCGCCUUUACGUUGCUUCUGCUUACAGCUUCUAAAACGAACGAGGGCAGCAUCACCAGGGAAGUGUCGCCUUCCUUCUCUAGUCACAUGCAAUAGGCAGGGACACACACCAGUGUUGAAUAGUGCGAUUAGAGCCCGGUGUGGAGGUGACUACGCGACGUGCACUACGCGAAUCGUACCGCCCAACAUGAGCCAAGCGGCCGCCGGACUAUCGCAGCAGUUCUGCGUACGCUGGAACAGCCAUCUGGGCAGCCUCGGUGCCGCCUUUCCACAGCUAUUAGCCGGCCAAAGGUUCGUCGAUGUGACGCUGGCAUGCGAGGGCCACCAGGUGCACUGUCACCGGCUGGUGCUGGCCGCCUGCUCGACCUACUUUGAGAAUCUCCUGGGCGAAAACCCCUGCAAGCAUCCGAUCAUCAUCCUGCCCCGGGACAUCAAGCUGUGGGCGAUACAGGCGCUGGUAGACUUUAUGUACAAAGGCGAGGUGAACGUAUCGCAGGCGGGACUGCCAGAUCUGAUGAAAUGUGCGGAAGUGCUGAAAAUUCGUGGCCUGUGCGGAUCGGACGCCGCGCUCAACCUGAACCAGGUGCACAGCCCAUCGGGCAGCCACCAGUACCAGCAGCAACAACACAGCAGUGCCAACAGCAGUGACGCCGGUGAGCCGGUGGAGCAUGCCGGUGCCACGGCACGGGCGUCCGAGGGAUCGUACGCGGGACGACAUGGGGGACAAAGUCAAAGUGCAAGAAUGCAGCAAAGCAAUGCAUCCAGUGGACCAAAGAGACAGCUGCUGAACAGUUUAAACCUGCAGCCGAUUGACGCGGGAAUUGCCCUGCCCCAUCACCACCACCAUCAGCAGAAUGAGGACGGCGUUCACAGUGAUAACGGGGAGAGUGGCAAUGAAAUGUGCAUCAAAACGGAGGAUUUAAUCAUCGAUGAAGAUGACUCAGGCAGCAGACAGUGUGGAGACGAGGAGGAGCUUGGAAUGGACAGUACUGACAAAACCGGUUCCGACGCGAUUCGCUGCGAGCAGUUCCUCGGCGCACAUCCAAUGGAUGCGGAGGAUCGGGUCGGGAGUGAUUCGAUGCGGGAGGACCGAAUGGAGGAAGAGAUGGAGGUGAGCGAAAAGAUGAUCGAUGAUGGACGCAUGGUAAUGGAAAAGUCAGAACAAUGCCACACCGAUCGGCACCCGCCGUCCUCCGGCGUUGGUGAUCCGCCCGAUUAUGACCAUUUUGAGGCGAACGAAAUCGAAGGUGCUGAGCCUGAUCUGAUGGAGUUGAGUGGGGAGACCGAUGCACCGGCGGAAGCUGGAGCCAACAGGAAGCGCCGAAAGCUCGCCACCACCACCACCAGCUCCACACUAAACAGUGAGCUGCUAGUGUCCGCUGGCGGCAGCAGCUCCUCCACCACCCUGUCUAGCUACAGUCACAGUGCCAAUAGUGCGGGUGAGCAACGAUCGAAAGCCGGCGGCGGACCGCGUACGGUCGGGGCCGUGCCAUCGCUUUCCUCCAUAGGUGUGCGGUCCGGGCCCGGCGGUUCCCGCGGCUCGAUACGGGUGAAAUCCAUCGAGAAUCUCUUCGAAAACUAUCAAGCCAAACAAUCACCAAAGUCUUCCCGCGACAAGAGAAGGGCCCAGCCGCACCACUCCCCGGUGGUGGUGCUGGGCUGCAGCGGUGCCAAUAUCAGUGAGAACGAUAGUAGUGCCAGUGAACAGCAGCAGCAUGCUGCCUCGUUGAUGUACAACCGCAACGAGAUGGAUGUGUACGUGAAGCAGCAGCAACAACGGAUCCUAAAAACUGCGGCCGAGCGGCACGCCGACGGCGGUGACGAAACGAAUGCUUCCACGGUGAUGAGCGAUGGCGAUGGGUACGAGAACAUCAUCUGCUCGCCGAACUUCCCGCAGCUGAGCGAAGCGGCCGGUGCCGGCGAUGGUGGUGCCGGUGCUUACAAGGCGGAAGAGGACGACGAGGACGAGGAGUACGGGGACGAGUACGCCAUACAGCUGCUGGCGGAGGAGAUCGACAGCAGCCUGCUCGCCAACGGGGGCGGCGAAAGCGAGGGAGACGAAAUUCUGUACAAACCACCGGCCCUGAUGGCGCUCGGCGCCGCCAAGGGAGCGCACCCCGGCAGGACGGCCGCCGGCCUGCGAGCGUACGGUGCGGGUGGUCCUCCCACCUCGACGCUGACGAUUCGCAAGCUGGACGGACGGUCCCGUGGCAACGUGCCGCAGGCGACGGGCGGCUUAGCGCGCACGGUAACGCGUCGACCACGGCUAACUGGCCGCUCGAAGGACGCGCUGCAUCAGCUGCUGAACUCGAACGGUACGCCACCACCGGUCGCCUUUACGCUGCGCAAUCCGCGCGGCAACCAGCCGCGCACGUACAACACCGAGGCGCUCUGGGCGGCUCUGAUGGACGUGAAGGCGGGUGAAAGUAUUUACCGCGCAUCGCAAAUGCACAAAGUUCCUCGCAAGACGCUGCGGAAUUGGAUGAAGCGGUGGGACAUCAAGUCUGCCUACCCGAUGCCGAGGCAGCUGAAGGAGGCGGCAGAAAAGAAGCGCAUCAUAAAGGAGCUGACCAGCCAAAUACAAUAGCAGGAGCGGCGGCAGCCACUGCUAUGCCCGCUAGCGCACGAUAACGGUUUAGCACAGUUUAGCUUCCACUAUGCUAACGGCACUGCUGGUACGGUUGAUGGUGCCGACGGCAUCCCGCAACCAGCAGCAGUACCGGAAGCAGUUCCAAUCGUUGCCAACACGACAAUGCCAAUAAUAUGGGGAUAAGGAAUGGUACAUUAAAGAGGGGGGAACAGCAACAGCAGUAAUAGUAGUUGUAGGUUUUCAGGGAGAGAGAGAGAGAAAGAGAGCAGGGAAUGUAAUUUUAAAUUCAACCAACAAAAACCAAAAAGAAACGAAAAAAGCCAACCUAAAACACACAAGUCGCCAACAACGCCGCAAACGUGCGUGUAAAAGGAAAGGAAAAAAGGAAAGAUAAUAUUAUAGAUAUAUAUACAAACACACAUGUAGGGAAGAGAGACAUUAUACGUACAUGGGCAUAACAUCACGGGAAAAAUGUUACACAUUUGUAAUGUGCAAAAGACAUUACGAUGCAAAAAAAAAACAAAAAAGAGGGGGAGAUCGGAACUAGUUGCCAAGAUAAAGAUAAAGAGUUUGAACGAUAGAGAAUGAUCCAGGGAAUAGUAAGAGUAUAUUAUAUAUACACAUUAUACAUAGAUUUUACAUACACUUUAUUUAAUUUUACAGUAAGGUUGCUAAAGUGGGCGAACAAAUGGACUUCAGCUCCAUCUAGCUCACCUUUCGCAGGGAGAAAAUGAAUCAAUUUCACGUACACUGGCCGCGGGAGUCAUUUAGAAGAGGCGAACCAACCGCGCGCGCGUAUAAGAGCGACUUAUUUUUCGCAACCAAACCAGCAACACUCCAUAUAUUGACUAAUUGAUUUACCUUAGAGUGAUUUAAUGGCCAAACCCAAACAAACCCACUUGCGCUGCUCCUUAGUGUGGUCACAGUGUGUUUCGACGUUAUUUUUAAAUUCAUACAUUUCAGUCAAGUUUAUGGUUACGCACACAAGCUGCGUAUACCAGUACCAGGCCAAAAGUGGUAGCAAGAGUAGAAUGGGUAAGGGAAUAAGUCACAUCACGAACUCGAAAAGUCAUCUAAGCAUUCGUUAAAUCCGUUUGAUUUUUAAAACAAAUGGAGCAAAGUGAAGGUUUCUAGUCAUUCGUCUGUCUCCCGUGCUGUGGAGCCCCAGAUGCUAUUAUUUGAUUGUUUUGUUUUUUUUUUUGUUUAGUUUAAUCUACAUGAAGCGAGUAUAACUUUUGCGUGCUUAAUGGUGUAUAAGUAUUUUGUUAGUUUCGUUUUUUUGUUUUUAAUUUUGUUUAUCGAUGUUUUUUCCUUCUUUUGUUAAUUCGAUAAAAUCAGUGGCAAUAUAAGCGGCAUUAGAGUAGAACUUACAUUUACGCAUAAGUAUUUAGUUCAAUUGUGAUGGACUUUACUGGAUGGGAGCAGCUUUUUACGUUAGUUUCUUGUUUAUUUUGCUCUUCAGAUAA